AUACUAAGAAGACAUUUCUUCCAAACAGUGACCCAGUGAAUUAAAACUCAUUCCAGCAGGUGAUCCUCUUGAGUUUGUAUAUAUAUACCUCCAAAAACUUCACAAACUAAACACACCAAGAGCAAUGGCACAAAAUGGCUUGUUGCAAAGCGAUGAGCUAUACAAGUACAUCCUGGAGACUAAUGUCUACCCUCAGGAACCCGAACCGUUGAAGGAGAUCAGAGCGCUUACCGCUUCACAUCAGUUGUUUUUUAUGGGUACUUCACCAGAUGCUGGCCAGAUGAUUGAGAUGUUGUUGAAGCUCACCGGUGCGAAAAAGACCUUAGAGCUCGGGGUUUAUACGGGUUACUCGUUGCUACUAACCGCGCUUACGAUUCCUGAAGAUGGCAAGAUUGUUGCGAUAGAUGUAAAUCGGGAAUAUUAUGAAAUCGGUAGGCCGGUUAUAGAAAAAGCUGGUGUCGAGCACAAGAUCGACUUCAUCGAAUCAGAGGGUAUUCCAGCUCUUGAUAAACUACUUGAAAAUCCUGAAAACAAAGGAGGCUUCGACUAUGUAUAUGUUGAUGCGGACAAAAUAAACUAUCUUAACUAUCACGAGAAAGUGGUGAAACUAUUGAAGGUGAACGGGAUCAUUGUGUAUGACAACACUCUCUGGUAUGGAUCUGUUGCCAAGUCCGAGGAUUUGGUUCCUGAAGUUCUAAAACAAGGGCGAACUAGUGUUUUACAGUUUAACAAAGCACUUGCAACGGACCCUCGUGUGAAGAUCUCUAUGGCUCCCUUAGGUGAUGGCAUCACCAUUUGUCGGCGUGUCUAUUAGAUAUUGAGUCGUGUCUUCUUUGUUAUGAAUGGAUCCGUUGAAGUUAUUUUGAUGAUGCCUGAUACCAAUUAACCUUUGAUUGUGGUGUAAGGUAUAUGUGGGAUACCAUUUAAAUGAAAUAAACAAGUCAAUAAAUAUACUUUUAAAUAAUAAAGUCAUAAUUUUGAAGUUUUUA